UUUUCGUUUUUUGGUUGCCUAUAUUAUUUAGGAGCAGGACUCCAACAUGACUGAGAAAGAGAAAGAGCUCGAAGCCAUCGGCGAUAUCCAAGUGGUAUCGGAAAGCGAAUUCGAUUACUUGGAUGAUCAAGAACGAUCCCAAUUACGACGUGUGGGCGAAGGGAUCCCCUUUGCAGCCUGCUUUAUUCUCGUCAACGAAUUUUGGUACAUUAUCAACGGUUCAUUUGACUCAUCACCUUUGAUGAAAGGUUGGCUAAUAUGCGAAAUGUCCUCUUCUUCAGUGAACGAUUCGCUUAUUAUGGUGGAUCUACACCAUUUCAAAAUUACGUUCAGAACGCUCCAGGAGAAGAUCCUGCCGGUGCCUUGGGACGUGGACAAUCGGUUGCAACUGCAUUGCAAAACUUCUUCACCUUCUUUUGUUAUUUUACACCAAUGCUGGGUGCUCUUGUCGCUGAUCAAUAUCUUGGCCGUUACAAAACCAUUCUUCUCUUCUCGUUCGUUUACAUGAUUGGUUGGUUGAUUCUGACUGCAACUUCCACGCCCGCUUCGUUGGCCAAUGGCGGUGGCUUUCCUGGUUACGUUGUUGCCUUGGUGGUGAUUGGUUUCGGUACCGGUGGAAUCAAGGGUAUUGUGUCCACGCUUUGCGCUGAUCAAUACAGAAAAACCGAUAAUUACAUCAAGGAAACGAAGAGCGGGGAAAAGGUGAUGGUCGAUUAUGACCUCAGCAUCCAACGGUUGUACAACUGGUUUUAUUGGGCCAUUAACGUCGGAUCCUUAUUGGGUGGUGUGAUCUGUCCUCUUCUGGAAUUGAAUGUCGAUUUCUGGGCCGCCUUCUUGUUACCUACAUGCAUGUUCGCCGCUUCCAUUGGCGUCUUCGUCGCCGGCAGCCGCUUCUACUAUAAGCCUGGCCCUACGGAAUCCGUUAUCUUAAAGGCAUGGAAAGUCAUCAAAUUUGCCCGUUCGCAGGCCAAGCGGCCCGAAAACAAGGAAGCUCGCAAGAACUGCAAGGAGGUUAUGAAUUUCGCCAAGCGCGACCCCGGCGUGGAUGGCGUCGCUGAGUGGUCAGUGCAAGACAGCGAAACGGUUGGCUGGGAUGAUCAGUUUGUCGAUGAAUUGAAGCAAACUUUCAUGGCGUGCAAGAUUUUCGUGCCCCUGUCCAUUUACUGGGUUUGCUAUAACCAGCUCUCCAACAAUCUUCUCUCUCAGGCUGGUACCAUGUACCGUCCUCCAGGACUUCCCAACGAUAUCAUGAACAACUUUGAUCCCAUUGCGUUGAUCAUUUUCAUCCCCAUCACUGAUACCGUCUUAUAUCCUUUGUUGCGCAAGUACAAGAUCAACUUUUUCCCUCAACGCCGUAUUACACUUGGUUUCUUCUUUGGUACAUUAUCCAUGGUCUAUGCUGCGGUUGUUCAGUACUAUAUCUACAAGGAUCCCUUGUGGAUUGAAACACAAAAGAUCUCCAAUGUAUCCGUUUUCCUUCAGAUUCCAUGCUACUUCUUGAUCGCUUUCUCCGAGAUCUUUGCUUCCAUUACCUCCAUGGAAUACGCUUACACUCAUGCUCCCAAGUCCAUGAAAUCUCUUGUCUCUGCCCUGUCUUUGUGGCCCAACUGUGUCGCUGCAUUGAUUUCUCUAGCCAUUUCACCCUCUGCUCAUGAUCCCAACAUGGUCUAUGUCUAUGCCGGUGUCGCUUGCGGUGCCUUUGUGUGUGGUUGUCUCUACUAUUACAUGUUCAGACAUUACGAUGACAUUGACGAGGAAUAUCGUUUGAAGAAAGUCAGCGACCAAAAGUGGGAUACCGCACCUGCUGCAGUUUUUAAUGAAAAUGUGGUCGUUCAAGCUGAAGCACAAGAGAAGGUGUUGUAUUAGAUUCCCCAGUAAUUUUAUCACAUCAUCCAUAGUUUAUCCAAGGACUGUUCCGAACUUAUUUUCAUAUGCUACAAUACCUGUUGUUAAUCGGACCAGGAUUCUCCAUCCAUUAUUAUUUUAUUUAAAAACAAUGCAAUAAUUGACC